AUGCGCAUCCCCACGCUCCAAGACAUCCUCCUCCUUGCCGCACUGGUGGGCGUCGCUUCCGCAGGCAAGCAACACUACGAGAUGCUGCGCCAAAAGUGCUGCGCCAACCCGGAUCACAACAUGUGCCGCGUCGCCCUCGAGCGCUGGCACAUAUGCCAGGAGGCCAUAAAGAACGGCAAACGUCCUGGCAGCUGCGGCGACUUCGGCCAGAACAGCGACUUCUCCCGCAUUGCCUGCCGCCCGGGCAUCGACGGACCGCCCUACUGGAAGGACGAGGAGAAGCCCAAGGCAAAAGGGGGCGGCUCUUUCGGCGAAUGA